AUGGAGAGCGGAUGUCUAGCUGCGAGCUCUGACAAUUUUGAGAAUGUUCUUCGAGAUUUAACAGUAAGCGAUAAAGGAAAGUUCAAAUGGAGCGGCACGUUCGAAAAUUUAGAAAUUAUGAUGAACAAUAUACUUGAGAAACAGACAGUAUGGAAUUCAUCCAGCGGAGAUUGCAAGAAGCUGGAGCUUGACGACCUAUGUGUGAGAUGGUAUAUGAAGAACAAAUCGUUGACUAUAAACGGAGAGGGAAGCGAAGAUCUAAAGUCGCAGUUGAAAGCAGUUGUAUAUAUGUGUGGUGGAAUCUGA